CAUCUUAAAAUAAGUAUGAAAAAAAAAUAUCUACAAUAUUUGCCUCUUUAAAAUAAUCACAAACUCUAUAAUCCAUUUCUAGAAUUAGAAAAAAAUAAAGUGUAAAUUAAAUCAAAAUCAAAAUUAAUUUACACUGGUGCAAAUAAUUACAAUUGAAUCUUUUACAAAGAAUAAUCUAGCAAUUCGUCUCCUAUGAAUCGAAAAGUUUAUGCUAUAUUCCAAUAAACUCCAAUAGCGAAGCAUUCUAUAUGCCGCGCGGCUACCGAUACAACGUUAGAGUGUUCUCACCGGGAAAGAAAAAAAAUAAUCGUCGCAUGAAUUCCCGAGUCACGAAGGAAGCCCUGAUGCAACUGCACAUACCAAUCGACUGACCAGUUGAAUCAAACUCUCGGUGUCGUCGCGCGUGUCCAUCGGUACACGACGUGUUCUCCCGCAGCCCGGAGGGACGGACGCGAAGGUCGUCCGUGUUCGACGUCGUCUUCCUCGACGACGAGGAGGAAUGCCGAGAUGGAAGAAUGCGCAUGUAAAAGAGGAAGGGAUCGUGUGGGCGCGAGCGAGCGAGUGGAAUCAAGCCCAGUCGAGCCGAGGCCGGGCUGAGCCUCGGAGAGUCGGUGGUGAGACGGCCGUGGCAGACAGAGACAUUGCGCGGAGGUUAAACGGCUGAACUCGCCAGCGACCCUUAGGGUCAAAUGCCUAAAUUGCCGCGUCACAAGCGCCGUAAGACAGCGCGCGCCGUCGUUUUAGCCGAGAGAGGCCGGGUAUUAAAGGCAGAACAAGUUGCCGAGGAGCGAAAAGGGGCGGCGAAGGGACGGCCGGGAGAGGGGGGGGGGGGAGAGGGGGAGAGGGACGAGAGUAUAGACCGUGUCGAGACGUGAGUACAAAGGGCUGCAAAGGGAAAUCUACCGUGGCGUGGAUUCGCGCGAUCGUAGCGUUUAAUGACUCGUUUAGGGAUCGUUCCGGGAUCUCGUAUAACCCGACUUUUCGAUUGCCGUCAUGGGCGAUUGAGGGAACGACUUCUCUCCCCUUCCACCAUCGUCGUGGAACGCCGCGCGCGACGGGUUAUCGCCCUUUAUCGGCCACGCGAUACGACCUCAGCGGCGAACGCGACGGGCGCGCGAUCGGCACUUCGCGGUAUAUUACGACGCAUAAUACCUACGCGCGCGAACUUUAAUGCCAACUUUCUCAACACUUCUUUUUUUUUCCCACGUAGCAUUUGGGAGGCUUUCCGGGAACACAUGUACCUGCGUCUGUGUUAAUCGAUCAAUUAGAUUAAUGCGGUAUUCAAAACGGACUGCUCCUAUCUCGAAUACAAAACAGGUGACGUAACCGCCCGAUCUCGGGGGGCCCUUGGCCUCAUAAAGGAAUAUACUCAUACAUAUAUGCUGAUACAUUAUAAUGUAAUACGACAAUGACGAGGCAAUCAACUAGGAGGGAAAAAAAGUGGACCUCGAGAAAUUUAAAUCUUUGGCUACUACUACUGAGCUGAACGCGGAGCCUCGUCUUCACGGCAAAGUAACACGUGAUGAAACACAAAAUAUUCAAAUAACGUUAUCACAUUAUGUUAAAUUAACACUUGCAUCUGUUAGAAAUUCAACACAAACAAUUUUAAAGGGAGCGAUAUUAACAUAAAUAUAAAAUAUUUUAUUUUGCAGCUGGUAAAUAUGUAUUCGGAAUUUUAAAGCAAUCCGUGCCGCUAUGCUAACAAAUAAUACACGAUGAUACACCUGAGAAAUUGAUGCGCUCUAUAAUAGAUUCAUAGAAUUGUUUCUGAUCCUUCGCCUUCCCGCUGCAAUUGAACGGCGAGCUAGAAAAGUAUUUCGGGCAUUAUUCGAUCUCGGAGCACGCGAUCACAACGUCCUCGGCGACGCGUCGCGCUCGUCUCGCGCUCGCCGCGCCGCUUAUUGAGGGCAAACGUCGUCGGACUGAAAUUGGAUAAUAUUAAGAGCGGCGGUCGUUGACACGAACGCAUGCCGACUGCACUGGCGUGCAAUAAGCAUGCGGCACGGAUCGAUGGAUCCGUGAGAAGGAUCGAAGAGCGACCUUAACUUAUUAGCUGACUCAACCUCUUCGUUGAAUGCUCACUUGAAAAGUGAUCUUCGUGUAGCGAGAAAUAAUAACGAAACCUUCUUCUUCUCGUUUCAUUUUUUGAAAUUGUCUACGGGGAAUCGUAGAGGGGUCCGUAAUCUUAUUCAAGCUGCACAAAGGAGAAAUGUUAAGCGAUAACAUUUUUGUUAAAAAAAAAAAAGAAGAAAAAUUGACUCCAAAUUGGCCGAAGAAUUCACAUGGAAAGAAAGAAGCGUUUGUAACAGGGAGUGCUCUAUAUGCAAAUUUGAGGUCGCAGGUGGAGCCCGUAUCGAGACAUUCCAGCCAGAAACAUCCAAUUUCGGACCGAUGCACGUCGAGCACGAACCGUCUCGUGCGAAAGCGGCGCAUCGGAUCGCGUUGGCCCCGUGAAAUUUCGUUUAUUAGUAACUCGUCCGCGCGCACAUUCCGAUCUGCGAUCCGCGUUGACGCCAAGUCGGCGGCAAUCAUUCGGGCUCAUGAGGCGAGCACCGAGAUAAAUCCGCGACGGUUCGGUCGUGAAAUUGAAAUAAUGAUGCUGCACGGCGCGCCGAUUCUCUCGUUCGACGCGAAACCGUUACGUGUGCCGCGAGAGACAUCACGAAUGAUAUCGCGAGAUGACGUCGCCCAUUCGGAACGAAGACAAUGGAAUCGAGUCACACGAUGGACCGGCGACAAAGCUCCCGCUCGAAGGCGGAAGAAGAUAGGUCUCGGACAAGAGAGAAACGGGAGGAGGCUGGACCGGCUACGCCGACACAGUAAAGACAGCACGCGGAAGUGGAAGACGCGAAGAUAGGAGAUGAGAGGGAGAGAGAGAGAGAGAGAGACUCGUUCGGCCACAUCGCGGGAAUUAAGAGCGCGUUGCGCUGGAUAGCUAGAGCGAGCGCAAUAACGUCGUCGUUAUCGUUAUUAUGUUAUUCCGUGCGUAAUAUAGCAAUGAUCCAGAGCUCCGUUUAUCGGACGCACGCUUCCGCGUUGGAGCGGAAACCUCUCGACCGGCGAAACGAUACCCGCAUCUCACCGCAAUAUUUUAUAUCGAUAUACCCCACGCCGCGCGCGCAAAACUUUAAUAUCCAAGUUUCGCCUCGUUCAAUCGCUGCCGUCCGUCUGUCCGUCAGGACAGUACCUCCAGCAGAAAAGUUAUCCCCGGCCUUUUACGACGGUCCGAACAUAGAUUGACUUGUACCUGCUGUCGGAAACUAAUCCAACUUGUCAAUCGAAGAAAAAAAGACGAAGGGGAAUUACGGUGCGCCGCGGGAGGGAGCGGCGAUACGUAGAAAUGCAUGAAAGGCCUUUUUUCUUUCUUUCAAGAAUAGAUUUAUCUCGCGUCUUUUAUAUCAAUGUCUCGUUACGAAACGCAAAUCUGUUUGCCGUUGAUGUCAUUAUCGCUCCGUCACAUCAAUCAACAGAAUUGAUUUAUCGCUCGUAUUUUAUGUAGCAAUCUAACGUCAAGUUUGUAAAUGCAAUAUAGCCAAUAAAAAUGAGAAAGAAAAUUAUUCCAAGCAUUUUUUCACCUGUCCUUUUUACAUUCCUACAGUUCUAUUAUACCCUAUGGCUUCUACCAAUGGAUGGUUUUUUAUCCACGGGCCUUGCUCGCAUCGAUCCUUCCUUCCCUCUUUGUCGUUCGUUCUCCAUUCAAUCGGGCCGCGACAUCCUGUUGGGAUCGAACGAUCGAUAGACCCAUGGGGCUAGUCGAUUCCAUCGAAACCGCUCCUGCCCGGUUGAAUGACACCGUCGAGCCUUAUUCAAAAAUCGCGAUGACGAAAUCUAGACCGUAAGCACGGCUGGGACACUCGAAGCGAAAAUGGCCCCUGUUGUUGCGAAAGAUUGUAGCAUCCGAUAGAUGCUACAUGUAGGAACCUGUACAUGUACGAACCGUCGAUUCUCUUGUAACCAGAUCAUCGUGUUCCAUUAUUAUAUUAUUAACUAUAGUAACAUUAUUAAUUUGACAUUUACAAGUAAUCUGUUUUUAUUUUGGCGUUGUUUAUAAAAACGUAAACUACAUUUUAAAAAAAGUAUUAAAUCAAUAAUCAUUGUCUCGUACAUCUUAAGAAUCUAAAAUCUUUAAAAAGUUUGAUAAUUUUAAAUUUCAGUAAAAAAAUUUAUCUCUAUUUCAAUAUUAUAAUAUUCAUUCAAGAAACACAACAGGAUUGUUUUAAUAAUACUAGAACACAACAAUGCGCGCGCUUGGCGCGCGCCACUUAGCAUUUUUAUAUUAAACAUUGCACUUUUUUUUCUUCUGUAAUAUUACUCUCACACACUUU